GGGGCCCCGACUGCUGCCCGGAGGCACCCAGUCCGGCCGCCAAGAUGUCGUACAUGCUCCCGCACUUGCACAAUGGCUGGCAGGUAGACCAGGCCAUCCUCUCGGAGGAGGACCGAGUCGUCGUCAUUCGGUUCGGGCACGACUGGGACCCCACUUGUAUGAAAAUGGACGAGGUUCUGUACAGCAUAGCUGAGAAGGUGAAAAAUUUUGCAGUUAUUUAUCUUGUGGAUAUAACAGAAGUACCUGACUUCAACAAAAUGUAUGAGUUAUAUGAUCCAUGUACCGUCAUGUUUUUCUUCAGGAACAAGCACAUCAUGAUUGACUUGGGCACCGGCAACAACAACAAGAUUAACUGGGCCAUGGAGGACAAGCAGGAGAUGGUGGACAUCAUAGAGACUGUGUACCGCGGGGCCCGCAAAGGCCGAGGCCUGGUCGUGUCUCCCAAGGACUACUCCACCAAAUACAGAUACUGAGCACGGGAGCCGCAGUCUGUGGACACAUGUGGAGCUGCUUUCAUGUGGAGAUGUUUCAAAUUAUUUAAAGCCUUUGGAAAAGUACAUGAAGCUCAAGGGCUGGAGGAUUGCUGAGAUACGACUACAGGGCCUUAACUAGCUGGAAUAAACACGCUGUGAUAGCAGUCAUAA